GUCCAACAUCAUUCUGGAGGUGCUUUUAUUGUGAAGGACUAGGCCAGAAGCCUCCAUGUUGUUGCUGCUGAACAGAAACAUGUUGUCGCCUCGUGUGUGACAGGUGAGCUGUUGGUCUUGGCGCCAGCAGUAUCCAGUUAUACCUGGGCAGUUAUAACCAGGGGCAGCCCUCACAUACAGCAUGUCCUCCCCCGGAGAUGAAGCUUUAGAGCCUGGCUCUGACACAGUGCGACCGUCCACUUCCUCCUCCCCUGAGACUGAUGCCACCAGUGGGUCCAUCAUCACCGUCACCAUCGGAGCAACCGUUCCCACAGGGUUUGAACACACUGCAGCAGAGGAGGUCAAGGAGAAGAUUGGGGUGGAUGCACGAAUCAGCAAAGAUCGUGGUCGCAUAUACUUUCCAAUUACUACUGACAAGCUCUUCCAGGUCCAUCUUCUGAGGUCUGUUGACAACCUGUUUGUUGUGGUUGAACAAUAUGAUCAUUACCAGUUCAAGGAAUCAAAGGAGGAGACACUGACGGAGCUGCAGCAGCUGGCCUCCAAACUGCCCUGGACCGACGCCCUAGAGGUCUGGAAACUGAACAGAACGCUAAAAAAGAAGAAAGGCCACCGAAAAGGAGGAAACCCCGCCAAAGUCAAACCUAACAGUGAUGCCAGUGAUGCAGUGGCUGCUGAUGCUGAGCAGCAAGAGCUACCUCAGGUGUCGUCUACUGCUGAAGACCAGACGGAGGUCGAGAGCGUUCCUGAGUUGGAGACUUGUGAACAGGACGGACAAGAAGCAGCUCCGGAGGCCAAAGUCAUCAAGUUUCGUGUGACGUGCAACAGGGCCGGUGAUAAACACAGCUUCUCCUCUAAUGAGGCAGCCAGAGACUUUGGUGGGGCUGUACAAGAAUUCUUCCAGUGGAAAGCCGACAUGACAAAGUUUGACAUAGAGGUCUUACUAAACAUUCACAAUGAAGAGGUGGUGAUCGGUAUCGCGCUCACUGAAGAGAGUCUUCAUCGCAGAAACAUCAGCCACUUCGGACCUACUACUCUGCGAUCUACCUUGUGCUACGGCAUGCUCAGGCUGUGUAAACCUCAGGAGUCUGAUGUAAUACUUGAUCCUAUGUGUGGGACUGGAGCCAUACCAUUAGAGGGUGCUAUUGAAUUCAACAGUUCAUUCUACAUUGCUGGUGAUAACAAUGACAUGGCAGUUAACCGCACAGUCAAUAACAUUUUACACUUCCAGAAACGGAGGGCAGACAAGGGCAGUGCACCUGGAUUACCUAUUGACACAGUGCAGUGGGAUCUGUGCAAUUUACCCAUAAGGACCAGCUCUGUUGACAUAAUCAUCACUGACAUGCCCUUUGGGAAGAGGAUGGGUUCUAAGAAGAAGAACUGGGACCUGUACCCGUCUUGUCUCAGAGAAAUGGCUCGUGUGUGCAGACCUGGCUCAGGAAAGGCUGUCCUCUUGACUCAGGAUAAGAAAUGUUUUUCCAAGGCUAUCUCCAGGAUGGGAGGACUGUGGAGGAAGCUCCACACUGUUUGGGUCAAUGUCGGGGGUUUACAUGCUGGAGUCUACCUCCUCAAACGGACCGCCGCCGUGUUUGGCCAAACUCCUGAGGACGUCCAUGAAUCACGAGGGAUGGCUGAGAUGUAGGGAGAUAAGAAGGAUGACAAGGAGGUCUCUUAAACUACAACCUGCCUUUAUUCUGAAAUUCUGAAUUUAUGUUCCAGGCCAUGCAGGAUUUCCAUUAUUUAUAUCCUCUGUACCAAGUUAACUUUUUUCUUUUAAUAAUUCAGGUUCUUGUCAAGCAUGCCAAACAGUUAUAGUGUAUAGUUUUUUUGGUAUUUUUUAUUUGGUUAAAAACUGGAAGGAAGCAGUUUAACGGUUCUCACACAGUUAGAAGCAGGUCUUUAAUUUGCCAUAUUACUGCAGUCAUUGCACCACUCAGCUUUACUGUGUCCACUAUACAGGAACUACACAUUGCUGUUCGACUAAUAAAGGUUCAAUCACA